AUGAGAAACGACGACGGCGGAAAGACGGUGCACCUUUUGUACGAAGAGGUGGACGAGACCGACGUCGAGAUCAUCCACGUGCCUUCGCCAGCGCUGGAGGAGCGGAAAGCAGACGCCUACAGAUACCCACGCACAGGAAGCAAAAACCCUCAGGCAACGCUCAAAUUAGCAGAGAUCAAAACGGACCAUCAAGGACGAAUCCUCAGUGCGCAGGAGAAGGAGCUGGUGGUUCCCUUCACCUCCCUGUUCCCUCAGACUGAAUACAUUGCUCGGGUUGGCUGGACGAGCGACGGAAAAUAUGGCUGGGCAGUGCUGUUGGACCGCAGUCAGAGGAGGCUGCAGCUCGUCCUCCUCCCUCCCGCGCUCUUCGUCCCGGUCACAGAGGACGCUUCAGUGCGACAGGAGCAUUUAGAGGCCACGCCCCCGAACGCACAGCCCUACAUCAUCUACGAGGAGACCACCGACGUCUGGAUCAACGUUCACGACAUAUUUUAUCCUUUUAUCCAAACGUCGGACGAGGAGUUUAGCUUCAUUUGGGUGAACGAGUCCAAAACGGGAUUUAGCCAUUUGUAUAAAGUUACGUCUCUAUUUCAACCGCGGUGUUACCGGUGGGCAGAGGGGUACCAGCAUUCAGCAGGAGAUUUCACAUGUGCAAUCAAGGAGGACGUCACGUUGACUUGUGGCGAAUGGGAAGUUCUGGCGAGACACGGAUCGAAGAUCUGGGUGAACGAGUCGACCAAAGUGGUGUACUUCCAGGGCACGAAAGACACGCCCCUGGAGCACCACUUCUGCUCCGUCAGCCAGAACUUUGACUUCUUCAUUAGCCACUACAGUAACGUGAGCACGCCCCCUUGUGUCCACGUGUACAAACUGAACAGCAGAGAAGAGGAUUCGCUCGGUCUGGUCCCAGAGUUUUGGGCCAGCAUGAUGGAGUCCCCAGGUUGCCCAGGAGAUUACAACCCACCAGAGAUUUUUGACUUUGCGGGGAAGUCUGGCUUUCAGCUUUAUGGGAUGGUGUACAAGCCUCACAACCUGCAGCCGGGACGGAAACACCCCACUGUGCUCUUCGUCUACGGGGGUCCACAGGUGAGUGCUCCUCUGCUGCCAGCUAAUGUUAGGAAGCUGCUGAGUCACACCUGCACCGACGAGGUGUGA